AGAACCGCAGGUAGUUCAGGGAAAGAAAUUGGAGAUAUGUUUAAAAUAGCUAACGGUAUCUGAUUUGUAAUGGGGACGCCAUCAGACAAAAGUUGGAUGAAGUCGUACCGAUUUAGUUUAUGUUAUAUUCAAGGGGUCAAAAAUUUUCUGAAUGUUGCAAAAGACUUUACUGAUUCAAAUGGCAAAGUUCGAUGUCCAUGCAAGAACUGCAUCAAUAUUUAUUUGAAGCCAUUGCAAGAAGUCAAAAUGGAUCUAUAUCAAUAUGGAAUUAGUGAAAACUACACAAACUGGGUGCACCAUGGUGAGACUUCUCAACCUCGUGAUAGUUUUGAUGGCGCUAUUAAUUCGGACAAUGAAUUGGAGGAUAGUGGAAAUGAUGUUUCAGAAAUGUUAGAUGAUAUGUGUAAUGCAACUUUUAUGGACACCGACAUGGAAGACAGACUUGCCAAUCAAGAUAAUAACAUGCUAAAAGGAGAAGUAGCAAAAUUUGCUAAAUUGUGGAAUGAUUCUCAUUUAAUAAGUCAUUUUUUUUCGAAUUUGGAGUUGUUCAAGGAUGCACUCCCGAAAGGAGAAACCCUUCCAAGCUCAAGUGAUGAGGAUAAAAAAUUGAUGCGUGAUUUAGGACUCGGUUACGUAAUUAUUGAUGCUUGUGUAAAUGAUUGUGUGCUAUUUUGGAAGGAAAAUGAAAAUCUUGACACGUGUCCAACUUGUAAGGCCCCUAGAUGGAAAUUAGGUUUCGGAAAACGCAAGAAGGUUGCUCAAAAAAUUCUUAGACACUUCCCUUUAGUACCUAGACUUCAGAGGUUAUUUAUGUCUAAAGAUAUUGGUGAAAAUAUGAGGUGGCAUAAGGAGAAACGUGUAGAUGAUGAUACGAUUAGACAUCUAGCUGAUGCUACGGAAUGGAAAGAUUUUGACCAGAAAUAUGCUUGGUUUGGCAAAGAUGCUCGUAACGUGCGACUUGGGCUUGCUAGUGAUGGAUUUAACCCUUUUGGAAAUAUGAGCACGAGUUAUAGCAUGUGGCCGGUGAUUGUGACGCCAUAUAACUUACCACCAUGGAAAUGCAUGAAGGAGAAUUUUUUGAUGUUAUCUUUGCUUAUUCCUGGUAAGGAAUCUCCCGGAAAUAAUAUCGAUGUAUAUUUAAGGCCAUUAAUUAAUGAGUUAAAAGAGUUAUGGGAGACCGGUGUGACAACAUAUGAUGCAUAUAGCGCAUAUGGAAUGUUAUCUGGAUGGAGCACAAAAGGAAAAUUGGCAUGUCCACUGUGUAAUAAGUGGACGUGUUCGCUAACGUUAAAAAAUGGAGUGAAGCAAUGUUACAUGGGUCAUCGGAGAUAUUUACAUGCCCAACAUUCUUGGAGAAAAAACAGAAAAUAUGAUGGCAAACCAGAGCACGGGUCAAAGCCUGAAAAGUUGUCAGGAGAUGAAGUUCUAAGGCAAUUAGAUUUGCUUCCUAAAAACCUUGUUUUUGGGAAGACACCUAACCAAAAAAAGCGUGCACUUGGUCCUGAAGAGCUCAAUUGGACAAAGAGAAGAAUAUUCUUUGAAUUCCCUUACUGGAAAACAUUAAAAUUACUCAAUCCGGUUGCCAGACGAAUAUGCUUCCAAUCUUUCUCGAUGUGUAAGUGUUCAGGACUGCAAAGUUAUGGGGAUGAAAAGCCAUGA